UUAGGUUUGCACCUGUCAAAGUGUUAUGUAAAAAUAUUUUUCGAAAAUCUGUUAUUUCAGGGGCCCCCAUUUGCCAAAAAUAAACCGAAACAAUGAACACGCUGGUCCGGAUAACCUGCUCGAGUGUGCCCCUUCAAAACUCCGCUAAAACCUUAUUGGGGAAAAUCAAUAUACAGGCGGUGCGAACGAUCACUAGCAAAUUGGACGAUUUACCACCGAAACCGAAGCCCUGGGACUAUCACAAUAAAAAAUUUAACAUUAUGAAACAUAUGUUUGAUAAAACUACCGCUAGGUUCGAUGAGAACACUAAGGUUAUUGUGGUAGAAGGCCCUAUAGCAGCGGGCAAAUCGAAAUUCGCCCAAGAAAUCGCAAAAUCCUUUGGCAUGCAAUACUACCCCGAGGCUAACUUGGAUAUGCGGUACAUCAAUGAAUAUGGGUUCGACUUAAGGCAGCUCGACAGUCAAUUGGCCCCGGAUUGUCGAAGUUUCGAUGUGAUGGACUUUUUAAAGAAUCCUAAGCACAAAUUGGUUGCUCGGAUGCAAAUUGAACAGUACAUGAUCAGAUUGUCCCAGUACAUUGACGCUUUGGCUCAUGUGUUUAGUACAGGCCAAGGAGUGGUCUUGGACAGAUGCGUUUAUUCAGAUUUCAUUUUUAUUGAGGCAAUGUUCAGUCAGAAGUUCAUUUCUAGACCUGCUUAUAAAAAGUAUUAUGAAUUCAGAGAGAGUACUUUGCAAGAGCUUCUGAAGCCUCACUUGAUUAUUUAUCUUGAUGUACCCAUUCUCACUGUUAUGGAAAACAUCAAAAAACGCAAUAUUAGCUAUGAAAAGGCUUCGCCUGCUUUAACUCCCAUGUAUUUGGAGGUCAUGGAGAGGAACUACAAGCAGAAUUACUUGAAAGAUAUGGCUGAGCACGCAGAACUUUUGGUGUAUGAUUGGACAGUGGAGGGAGACAUGGAGGUGGUUCUGGAGGAUAUCGAAGCGAUCGAUUUCCAAAGGUACGACUAUCAGGACCCACAAUUGAAGGAUUGGAUGUAUGACGCCGAAGAGGAUUGGGCGGUUCUCAGAUACAAAUAUGCGGAGAGAAAGGAGAGAAUUAUGAACUUCUGUAAUGUACCGUGUUUUGAUGUUCCAGAAUUGAUGGUGGAUGCUAUUGAAGCCGAUGAUUACUACAGGAUAAUGCGAGAGGCUCCCGGUCAAAAAUACGAAAAAGGCUACAACGCGGAAAUGGGCGACGGAGGGAAUCUUUUCAAAUGGGCGGUGCCCCACAGGAGCACUUUACCCCUAAGAGAAAGAAGGAAACUCUAGGCACCCGAGCAGUUUAACCUAAUAUAUUCAUAAUUAUGUAAAUACCAUUUGAUAUAAUAUGUAAUUCAGGCAAAUAAAACUCGUUAUUAUUUAAAACCAA